UCUGUCCAUCCCCGAGUUACUCAACCCUCGGACGCUCACCAGAGUGUGAGUGCACCGCGAGGGCGUCUCGAGCGGGAGACCCUCCCUUAGGGCCUCCCGCCUCGCGUUGGCAAUCCGAGACGGCCAUCGGAGCAUCCUGGUCCGUAGCCAUUGUGGCUCAAGGCUCAAGCCUUUUUUUGCCUUGAGCCGUAUUUGCUCGGUUUGCAGUGCUGGCCAAACACGUUCGUUGUUCCGGGUGCUGGCGGGCAUUGCGGCAGAGGUAUCGGCGCAUACAUGGUGAACACGGCAACGCUGCCGAGUGCUUGCGUAUUCGUGUUCCGUCUGUUCGUUGCAGCGUGGGCGAUUUUGUUCCUUCUGUCCGUUGCUGCAAUACGAUUUGGAACGACUGGACGUGCAAUUUUGCGCUUAAAAAGUACGUGUUUGUCUUGCACUAGUGCUUCCACCACAUCAACCGUCCCAUCCCUCCACUAUUUCGACACCUCGUGGAGCGAGAGAACACAUCUGAAGAAAUUUAGGUCGUGCGCCCCAGGCUUCCACAAGUCCGCCCUCAGCACUGUCGUCAUUUUACACGGCUCCGCCGUUAUUCAUACAUUUAAGAAUGGUGGGACGUCGUUGCUCAAGGUCGCUCGCGAUCACGGUGGUACGGUGAAGACGGUUUUUCCACCUAUGAAUCUCACCAGACAGGAGGUUGCUGAUUUUGUUGUCAAUUAUGAUGGAUUCAAGGCUGCUUUGAUCAGAGAUCCAUUGGAACGCGUAGCGUCUUCUUUCCAUGAAGUUAUGUCGAGGCAGAACCGCGGAAGAAAUUUGACCCUACAAGACAGGUUAGCAUUUGCCAAUCAGACGGUACUGGUGGAAAGGCUCACGAAAAUGUUAUCCCCGCUAUCCAGCAAUCCGCAUUUUCUGCCACAGACGCAGUUUAUGGUGGAUUCGAGCGGUGUUAAGUUCCAGCUCGAUUAUAUCGGUCUGGCAGAUGAUUUGGACGACGAGUUGAGUUUUAUCAUGAGGAUGCCAGAAGUUCAUGUGCCCUUCCUCUCGGGGCCAGAUGACUACAAGAUCAGCUUCUCUGAGUUAUUCCGGGUCAACACGACGACGCUUCCUGAUGAUGUCGUUCGCAUGGUGUGCGAUGGCUAUUCGGUUGAUUAUUGUUGCUUCGGUUUUUCUUUUCCGAAGCCAUGCCAGCACAUGACAUGCUCUGCGUUUUUUCCUGCGUGAUGCUUCAAUGUGGAGAGCUGGCGCAGCGCGCCCCUGAAAAAGUGCUGACGCUCUGACGCUUUUGACGCUCCUGACGCUCUUGACGCUCUGACGCUCCUGACGCUC